AUGAAAGUGAUAUAUGUACUACCAUUCAUCACGAACUCCCGUUCCCUUGCGCUCCCAUGCCAUGAUAUAUACCCAUCGACACCCGCCACCAGCAGUCCACAGUCCACACGCGAGAGCACAAGGCACCGCCCGGUACGUACGGCAGUCGGCAACCAAGCUAGCUAGGAGGCAUGCAGGGCGGCGGCGGAGGGAUGGAGGAGACAGCGGCGGCCAAGAACCGCAGGGGCGGUGUUGGUGAGGGCGCCAUCGUGGAGGUGGAGGGGCCUCGGUUUCGGCGAGUGUGCGUGUUCUGCGGAAGCAGCUCCGGGAAGCGCAGCAGCUACCGCGACGCCGCCGUCGAGCUGGGCAAGGAGCUGGUUGCUCGUGGGAUGGAUCUGGUGUACGGCGGUGGCAGCCUGGGGCUCAUGGGGGAGGUCUCCGAGUCCGUCCACAAGGCCGGCGGCCACGUCAUCGGCGUCAUACCCACCACUCUCAUGGGCAAGGAGAUCACCGGGGUGACGGUGGGGGAGGUGGUGGCGGUGUCGGGGAUGCACGAGCGGAAGGCGGCCAUGGGGCGCAACGCCGACGCCUUCAUCGCGCUGCCCGGCGGCUACGGCACCCUGGACGAGCUGCUCGAGGUCAUCGCCUGGGCGCAGCUCGGCAUCCACACCAAGCCAGUGGGGCUGCUGAACGUGGAGGGGUACUACGACUUCCUGCUGGCCUUCAUUGACAAGGCGGUGGACGACGGCUUCAUCCGGCCCGCCCACCGCCACAUCUUCGUCAGCGCCCCCGACGCCCGGGACCUCGUACGCAAGCUCGAGGAGUACGUGGCGGUGGAGGAGGACGACCCGGCGGCGCCCAAGCUGCGGUGGGAGAUCGAGCAGGUCGGCUACAAGGCCACACUCCACGCAGGGAUCGCCCGCUGAUCGAUCGACACUUGAUUAAUUACGCUAGUCACCUACUCUCUCAUUGUACCGCGCUUUAGCUCCGGUGCGUAUCUCUAGCUCGUUAGAGUUUUACCAAUGUGAGGAUGAAUUAUAUAUCCCAAAAGCUAUUCCAUUGUAAAAUAGAACAU